UUAUUCAUGAGGGGCGGGCCUAACCGGGUAGCCUUUGUUAAGCGGGGAGGGCGCGGUCCUGGGAGCCACAGUCACUGCGAGCUUCUCUGGCGGAGCUUGGCUGCUGCACUGGAGUCGACAUGUCCUACAUCCCGGGCCAGCCGGUCACAGCUGUGGUGCAAAGAGUUGAAAUUCACAAACUACGACAAGGUGAGAACUUAAUCCUGGGCUUCAGUAUUGGAGGUGGAAUCGACCAGGAUCCCUCCCAGAAUCCUUUUUCAGAAGAUAAGACAGAUAAGGGCAUUUAUGUCACACGGAUAUCUGAAGGAGGUCCUGCUGAAAUUGCUGGGCUACAGAUUGGAGACAAGAUCAUGCAGGUGAACGGCUGGGACAUGACCAUGGUCACACACGACCAGGCCCGGAAGAGACUCACCAAGCGUUCAGAGGAGGUGGUGCGCCUGCUGGUGACUCGGCAGUCGCUGCAGAAGGCCGUGCAGCAGUCCAUGCUCUCCUAGCAGUCUGCCACCAUCCCCGACAGCUGCCCACCCACCUCUUUGUACAGUGACACCAUUCCUAUGUUCUUCUGCUCCUCAUCUUGGCUUCUGCUGAAUGCUGGCCCCAGAGGCCUGACCCAGCCUUUUCCCCCUCUCACACUACUGGUCUGAGCUGAGCUUCUGGGACCAGCUCUCUCCCUUGGACACUGAGGAUUAGUAACAAGGGCCUGGAGCUGAGUUGUCGUCAGUCUGUAGUGACCACAGGCUUGGCCUCCAGACCCUGCUGUCUGGUCACAGCAGUGUCCAGGCUACAGGAGGCUCCACUUCCUGAAAGUGACUGCCAAGCUGGAAAAGUCCAGGUGGGACCAGGCUUCCCCACUUAUCCCUUGCUGCACAAUUUCUUUGUUCUUCCCGUCAUUGCCUAGAGGGACUAGAAAGGUUUGUCUGGAAGGAAGCCAGUCAGGUUCACUGUUCACUCCAUCAAACUCCUAUUCCCCUGAGGGGGUGCUGGCUUCCUCAGGGUUCACCUGCUUCUAAGCUUUAGAUGCAUUGAAGACUGACAUUUUGGGGCAGUUCUUGGGACUGCUAUUCUUUCCUAUGCCUAUGGGUUUAACUUUUGUAUUUUUGUAAUCACAACUUUGAUACAAUGUGUUUUUAUCUUACUAUUUGGAGCUGCCAGUUCUACUUUGGACUUUCUCUAAUUCAUAAACAAGUAAAAUGAGCUUUACCUUGGUUACUGUGGAAAUAAGAGCUUGGAAGCUCUCCCACACCCGCCAUCCUGUGCCCAAUAAAGAGUGGAAUAACAA